AUGCAUCGACUUUUUGCUGAGCUGGAGCCAUCUGUAACCGUCACCGAGCAAAACCUGGCAGACCGAGUUCGGUAUAUCUUGCGCUCAAAUACAUUUGAUGUCUCUGAACUCGAACGGCUACGACGUGAGGAUGUUCCUUCAUCGGAUGAAAAUGCUGCGGUUGAGGAUGCAGCGCCACAACUUGCUGAGCAAACGGCAAACGUGGAUGCCGCCGUAAAUACACCAGUUGUGGUUGAUUCAAACGAUGAUGGAACAGUCGCCCAGGAACUGGAACUAGUGCAAAUGAGAAGUACAUUGGAAGAGGCAAUUGUGGAAACGCGCAGUACGCCUCUCGAAAAUCGACCGCGACUUCCCCGCAUAGCACUAAGCAAGCGGGAUCGGGCUGUCGUGAGGGCUCUGGACCCAAUAAUGGAUGCAAUAAUGGAAUACUGGUUACCUAUUUGGAAGCCAGCCGGGACCUUUGCGAGAUGGACUCAAUUCUUUUUGGCGCCGCACUGGCAGUCUGCCGUAUUAUCCUUUCAGCUGCGGAGACUCUAA